CCAGUUUAUUGUUGCAGUCAAGCGCUGGACAUGGAUGACAACGACGUGGGACUAGAGGGUGUGUCAACAGACCUGGAGGACGCGUUCGGCGCGGCUGCGAGCUUCCUAGGCGCGGCAGUAAUAUCAAAGGACGCAAGGUUUGACGACAAGCUCAAACUCCAAUUCUACGGGCUGUACAAGCAGGCGACAGCCGGGAAAUGCGCAUCGGGCAGGCCCGCCUUCUGGGACUUGGCCGGCCGUGCGAAAUGGGAUGCGUGGGCUGCGCUCGGCGACCUCGGCAAGGACGAUGCGAUGCAGCGAUACGUGGAGCUCUUAUGCACCGUGGCGCCGGAUUGGGACGCAGCAGCAUCUGGUAGCAAGCCUGGAAAGUCGCGGGGCGGGGGCGGAGCCAUGGGACCUGUCUUCAGCAGCCUCGCAGCGGGGGAGGAAGCGGAGGCCGGCGGCGAGGGCGACGAGGGGAGGGUCCGCAGUCUGCAUGAGCUGGCGGGGGAAGGUGACUUGGAGGCGGUGACGGCGGCGCUGGAGGCGGGGGCGGACGUGCACGCACGAGACGAGUCGGGCUGCACGGCGCUGCACUUUGCCGCGGACCGCGGCGCAGCGGCGGUGGCGGCGGCGCUGCUGGCGGCGGGCGCUGACGUGGACGCAGCUGACGUGGACGGCCAGACGCCGCUGCACUACGCCGCCGUCACGGAACACCGAGAGCUGUACGAGCUGCUUGUGGGCGCGGGCGCUGACGUCAGCAUCCGUGACAGCAGCGGCGCCACGGCGGCGGAGGGCGCGCCGGAGGGCUGGGGGCUGCGGACGUGAGAUGCGCGUGGGAGGUCGACAGCUUUUGACGAGACCUGGAGCCGGGAGGCCAGGAGGCGCCCCUGCCAGCUCCAUGCGUCCCAUGUCUGGACGGAUGCUGGGAGCAUCUGUCGCCGAGAAGGCGUGGGGCCUGUCUGCGGGUGCAGCUUUGUAUGUAAGCCGGGAGUCCUGCACUGGGAGCAGGGGCACAGGGGCGCGGCCACACCCUGUGCUGGGGUGCCCCGCGGGCUGCCGCGGGUCAGGCGUGUUUGAGGGCUGAGGCGUGAUGGGCUGUGGUGUAGGCCCGGCAUUUUGCUGCUUAAAUGGAGCUGCUGCUGCGUGAGGUGCGCGCGGGAGGUCCGAACCCGUGGCUGACAGACAUUUGGGGAUAUGGAGCCAGCUGGCGUUCGGGCGCGGGGUGUUCGGGCGCGGGGCCUGCAAGCGCGGUUACGGGUGGUACGGCGGUAGCUAGAAGCAGAGAGACGUGCCCGGUCUGUGCGCUAUGUCUGGGGUGGUCAGUGGCCGGGCGUGUCCGAGGGCGCGUUUGGCUGUUCAUGCGUGCUGGGCAGGGGUUGGGGCUUGGCCGCUUGGGACUGGGCUUUGUGCGGGUGGCUAUGUUUGACGAGCUGGGAAUCAUCUGGUUGCGUGGCGAGGCUUUGCGGUACAAGCGUGUGGGAAAAGCGAGAAGGGAUUGGGACGAAGGAAGGUGGCGAAUUGGGGUGUCGAAGGCGGGGAUGGGGCAUGCUGCCGAUGGGCGGAAAACAGCAGA